CCCAUUCCUCCGAUCUUCUCUCGAUAAAAGUUCAAAUCAAUGACGCAUAUCGAUACACCCAGUAGUGUGGUCUUCAGCAGGGAGCUUUUCCCAGUGAAUUGAAAAGUGCGAAGUGACGAAAAUGGACGGCAGGAAGGGAAGAAGUUUUCCAUGGGAAAGUGAUGGCAAUGCGAUGGGUGUGAAAAGGAUGCGGAUGUGUAGAGAAAGAUGCGGUUUCUUGGGUGUUCUCAAGUCCCUGUUGCGGCAUAGCGUCUCCACGGGGGCCACAUCGGUAACAAUUCGUAUCGAUUUGGAGUAUCCGUAUUUACAAAUUGCCGACAACGGUGCCGGCAUUUCAUGGAGUGAAAUCAGCGAAAUUGGGAAAACAACUUUCCUCGAUUUAAUUACCACCGCCGAAGAAGUUUUAAUUGAAACAAUGACGGAGUCUAUGGAAAAAUCUACCAUAAUGAAAUUCCACAACAAAGUUUUAUUGGCACCCAAGAGCACGAAGGUGAAUGGAGGCGGCAACGGAACCUUUGGCUGCUGCUGGCACAACUCGACGCCACUGAGAGACACCCCAAAAGCAAUUUCGUGUACCGCCGAAAGUCCAUGUCACCAGAGACAUGCCGCCGGCACAACUUUUACAUUGACAAACGUUCAAUUAUCAAUUAUGGAGCGAUUUGAGAAAUUUCGCAAGAAUAUCGUCAAUUAUGUGAAAAGUUUUGCCGUUGCCCACUACCAAAUGUCCAUCACUCUCAUGGAUCUCAAGGGCAAAAAGCUCAUUUUUGGGGUGAAAAAAGCAAAAUCAAUUACGGAGAAAGUCACAUCAAUUUACAAUUUGGACGGCAUGGAAUUCAAUUCGAUGAGCAAAGCUAGCAACAAUAUUGCCAUUGAGGCCUUCUGGGGGACAAAGUUCCAUCACUCAUCGACCAUUCAAUUGGUCUUUAUUAAUGGGCAACCCUGUACCAACAUCCGGCUGCUGAAGACCAUCAAGAAGGUAUGGAAGUGUGGUGGCAGGAAGAAACGUCCCGUAUAUAUUGUCUGCAUCACAAUCAGGGUUGCACAUAAUGAGAAUAUUGACCACCUGUCCAAUGAUUCGGUCAUCAAGGAUUGCAUUGAAGAGUGUGUGGGAAGGUUUAAGAGCACCACCCAGGGGGUGGAAGAUGGAUUUUCUCAUGUGGAUAAUAUGGUAAAAGAUGCGGGUUCUAUUUACUCCAAAUCUCCUCACUUCCUGCUGGAUGUUGACGUACAGCAUAAAAUGGAAGUUGACAGAGAUAAAAUUUCGAGAGGUCAAGAAUUGCUAUUUUCUACAAAUCAAUCAUCGUCACCAAUGCAACAAAAUUACUCCGAAACAUCCCCGAGACUCACCACAAAUACACCAACCCAGUUAACCCCGAUCUCCUCUAUCACAGCAACAUUAACCCAAACUCAGCCAGUCGUAGCCCAGACCAGAGACAAUGACGCAACCUUUCUUUCUCACCUAGAAGAACAAACAAAAUCCCUACAAAGUCACGUUUCUUACCUCCAGAAUGCAAUGAAAUUCAUGGAGAAUUUACAGAAGAUGCGUGAAAGGGAUGCUAAAAGAAUUCCGAGAAAUUUGACGCCAGACAACGCAAAGAAAUCCCAUUUUGUCCCCUUAAAAAUUCAACAGAACUCAUUAAAAUCGGUACAAUAGUCAGGACAGCAUACUCAACGAACCUUGGGACAUUUGAACAGCGCAAAGAGUUAUUAUUUUAAUCCCCGCACUCAUAUUACCACCACCCCCCAUUGAAGUGUCGUCGUGUAGAUUUAAUUUGAAAAUCCACUGGAUGGUGAAAUCAAUGAAAUCCAACGAAUGAAUUAUAUUCUUUGAUAUCCUUCCAGCAAUUGCUCCCCGUUGAUCCUUACAUGAAAUAUUGUUUGUACUAAAGGGGCGAGCAAAAUUGCAUUUGGAUGGAGUGAAUCCCCCAAAAUUACAAGCUGGACUUCAAUUAAUCAAUUUUAUUGCAUGUGAAAACGCUGCAAUAGCAUGGAAAACCAAUAUUUAAUCUCUUCGGACUUUACAUUUUAUCGAUCCUUAAUACUUUAUUGUCUCUAUAAAUUACUUUCUGUUAAUCUGGAAUAUAUACGAAUUAUUAUGUUAGCUAUAUUAAAAAGCAUGUGGAUUAUAAAUAUAUAAUAAUAACUUCUCAUUAAAUGACA